AUGACACAAUUCGCGCCAUUGAAGAACGAUUUAUUGUUGAGAGCUGCAAGGGGUGAAAAGGUGCAGCGUCCGCCGAUAUGGAUUAUGCGACAGGCUGGCCGCUACCUCCCGGAAUACCACGAAGCCAAGGGCACCCGUGACUUCUUCGAGUGCUGUCGUGACCCCGAAGUUGCCUCAACAAUCACCAUCCAGCCCGUCGACCGAUAUGAGGGCCUUAUCGACGCUGCUAUUAUAUUCUCCGAUAUCCUGGUCAUCCCGCAAGCAAUGGGUAUGACCGUGGAAAUGGUCGAUAAGAAGGGACCUCACUUCCCUGAGCCGCUCAGCUCCCCCACCGACGGACAAUACGAGAAGGUCAUAGCGAAGGAAGUUGACGUCAAGGCGGAAUUAGACUACGUAUACAAGGCGAUCACGCUUACCCGGACGAAACUGAAUGGAAGAGUUCCGCUUAUUGGGUUCUGCGGGGCACCAUGGACGCUGCUUUGCUAUAUGGUUGAGGGUGGUGGCAGCAAGAUGUUUAUUCAGAGCAAGACGUGGGUUUAUAGAUAUCCCAAGGAGUCGCAGGUGCUGCUCCAGAAGAUUGCCGAAAUCUGUGUGGAGUAUCUGGCACUUCAGGUGGCUGCGGGCGCCCAGCUGGUCCAGGUAUUUGACUCCUGGGCCGGAGAGCUGUCGCCGGCGUCCUUUAAGGGAUUCUCUCUGCCGUAUUUGAGACAUAUCUCUGCGAACCUGCCCCGCAGACUAAAGGAGAUGGGUCUGGAACCGGUGCCAAUGACGGUCUUUGCGAAGGGUGCCUGGUAUGCCCUUGACGAUCUUUGCGAAUCGGGAUAUAAUGUUGUUGGGCUGGACUGGUUGCAUGACCCGGCUGAGGCGUUCAAGAUCGCCAACGGGAGGGUGACAAUUCAGGGCAACGCUGACCCCGGUGUUCUCUAUGGAGGCCGCGAGGCUAUUACCCAGGCUGUGGAGACGAUGGCCGAUGGAUUUAAGAAGGGAAAGCAAGGAUGGAUUGCCAACUUGGGCCAUGGUGUCACACCCUUUGUGAAACCCGAUGAUCUCAAAUUCUACUUUGAGGAGAUUCAUCGGCUCACGGCCGACUAA